GCCAGCCUGCAUACCUUCCCUCCUCCUAGCGCCUCUAGCCUGGCCCCUGCUCUCAGAAUUCCAGCCCUGCUCAGGCUUUCCUUCCUGCCCUCUUCCCCUCCACCCUUUCCUGUCUUGUUCCCCUGGGGAGGCCCCAGCUUCUGUCUGUUGGGGGGUGGCCUAGCAGCCCCAACUAGGGGUGGGGGAGAGGCACCUGACUCUCAGCAGCUGGUCUCUCAGCAGUGGAGAUAGUAGGAUAGGGGGAAAUGUCAGGGCUGAAGAUGAGGAAGCCGCAUUCAGAUAGAUGAGAGUCCCCUGGGAGGUCUCCAGAGGGGCAGGGAUGCCGUGGGCUCAGGGCUGCUCCCUCAAAAGGGCUGUGCCAGUUCCAUUAGUGAACCCUCUGUGAGGGAGGAUAGGAUGUCUGAGGCAGGGCAGGUGUGUGAAGGAAGCAUGCGGAGGAGGCAGGUGUGUGAUCAUGAGGCAGGUGUGUGUGAGACAGGUUGGAGGAAGGUAGGUGUGUGUAAAGAAGAUGUGGGGGAAAGCCAGGUGUGUGUGAGUGUGAUGCAGGUGUGGAGGGGAGACAGGUGUGUGUGAGGCAGGUGUGUGGGGAGACAGGUGUGUGUGAGUGUGAUGCAGGUGUGGAGGGAGGACAGGUGUGUGUGAGGCAGGUGUGUAGGGGAGACAGGUGUGUGUGAGGCAGGUGUGUAGGGGAGCCAGGGGUGUGUGAGGCAGGUGUGUAGGGGAGACAGGUGUGUGUGAGGCAGGUGUGUAGGGGAGACAGGUGAGUAGGGGAGACAGGGACGUGUGAGGCAGGUGUGUAGGGGAGCCAGGGGUGUGUGAGGCAGGUGUGUAGGGGAGACAGGUGCAUGUGAGGCAGGUGUGUAGGGGAGACAGGUGUGUGUGAGGAGGUAUGUAGGGGAGACAGGUGUGUAGGGGAGACAGGUGUGUGUGAGGCAGGUGUGUAGGGGAGACAGGUGCAUGUGAGGCAGGUGUGUAGGGGAGACAGCUGUGUAGGGGAGCCAGGGGUGUGUGAGGCAGGUGUGUAGGGGAGACAGGUGUGUGUGAGGCAGGUGUGUAGGGGAGACAGCUGUGUAGGGGAGCCAGGGGUGUGUGAGGAGGUGUGUAGGGGAGACAGGUGUGUGUGAGUGUGAUGCAGGUGUGUAGGGGAGCCAGGUGUGUGUGAGGAGGUAUGUAGGGGAGACAGGUGUGUAGGGGAGUCAGGGGAGUGUGAGGAGGUGUGUAGGGGAGACAGGUGUGUGUGAGGUAGGUGUGUGUGAGGCAGGUGUGUAGGGGAGACAGGUGUGUGUGAGUGUGAUGCAGGUGUGUAGGGGAGCCAGGGGUGUGUGAGGAGGUGUGUAGGGGAGACAGGUGUGUGUGAGGCAGGUGUGAAUGAGGCAGGUGUGGGAGGGGUGGAUGGAUGUAAACACAGGCACAGUCCCAGCAGGAGUUGUGGGUUUAACAGGUGCUUGAGACAGACCCACUGGUAGAACCACCACGGGGGUGGGGGGUGACCCAGAGUCAGAGGGAGAGCAGGAGCUGAGGCUGGGCGCGGGGCCCAGUGAAGGCCUUCGACCUGAGGCUAAUAGAAUUUAUCUAAGGGGUGCAGCUAGGUGGAAGGCACUGCUGAGCCUGGAGCACCUAGGAAGUGGAAAACAGGAGGUGACUUGGAGCUUGUGGGGGGCGGUGGCUGCCAAGCAGGGUGAAUGAGAGCAGCGGGGCAGGCAGCGGCCUGCGGUGCGUGGGGUCCCGCGCUAACAUCCCCUCCCGCCGCAGCCGAGAAGGUGAGCUCUCUGGGUAAGGACUGGCACAAGUUCUGCCUCAAGUGUGAGCGCUGCAACAAGACGCUGACGCCCGGGGGCCACGCUGAGCACGAUGGGAAGCCGUUUUGCCACAAGCCCUGCUACGCCACGCUGUUCGGACCCAAAGGAGUGAAUAUCGGGGGCGCUGGCUCCUAUAUCUAUGAGAAGCCCCCGGCGGAGGGGCCACAGGUGACCGGCCCCAUCGAGGUCCCGGUUGCCCGAGCAGAGGAGCGUAAGGCGAGUGGCCCCCCCAAGGGGCCCAGCAAAGCCUCUAGCGUCACCACUUUCACCGGGGAGCCCAACAUGUGCCCUCGCUGCAACAAGAGAGUCUACUUUGCCGAGAAGGUGACAUCUCUGGGUAAGGACUGGCACCGGCCUUGCCUGCGCUGUGAGCGCUGUGGGAAGACGCUGACCCCAGGCGGGCAUGCGGAGCACGAUGGCCAGCCGUACUGCCACAAGCCCUGCUAUGGAAUACUCUUCGGACCCAAGGGUGUGAACACCGGGGCGGUGGGCAGCUACAUCUACGACAGGGAUCCCGAAGGCAAAGUCCAGCCCUAGGCUGUAGCUCCCUCCGUGGCCAGAAGGCCUUCUUCCUCUUGCCAGACCCUGCCCUGUGCCUGGUGGCUGCCUCAGCGUCCUGCCUACAAGCCCUGCCAGAGUCAGAGGAGGGGCAGUGGCAAGGGCCGAUGUCCACCCAUGUGUCUGGGGGUGCCUGCCGCCCUCUGUCUUCCUCUGAAGGUCCCCAUCACCCCCUUUUGUGUCUGUGUGCUCCAUGUACACGUGUGUUCUUGUGUGCCUCUGAACCCCAGGGGCACUCUAUGUGUCUCCCUUCCAGCAUUUCUGUGUGUCCCUGUGUGCCCUGUGGGUCUCUGAGGUGGCUGUCCUGCUCCCCCUCUCCUGCUGCCCCUGGCCCUCCUGCCAGUGUUAUUUAUGCCCCCUUGCCGGUGAUGGCCACGCCCCUCACGUUGUCUCCCAGGUGGAGUGUGUCCCUGCUCAGGGCCUUCCGCCUGGCUCCCACACUGCCUUGCAAGCUCCCCCUGCCACCACACGUGGUUCACUUCCCCACUGAGAUUUUGCUAUCAGUAAAAGGUUUGAGGAUCAUA